AUGUCCAUGGAAUCCGUUGCCGUCGUGGCGGUGCCGUUCCCGGCGCAGGGCCACCUCAACGGCAUGCUGCACAUGUCGCUGCUGCUCGCGUCCCGGGGGCUCGCCGUGCACUACGCGGCGCCGGGGCCGCACGUCCGCCAGGCGCGCGCGCGCGUGCACGGCUGGGGGGACGACGCCCUCCGCCGCAUCGAGUUCCACGAGCUCGACGUCCCCGCGUACGCCACCCCGCCGCCGGACCCGGCCGCGGCCUCGCCGUUCCCGACCCACCUCAUGCCGAUGGGCGAGGCCUUCGUCGCGGGCGCGCCCGCCCCGGUCGCCACCCUCCUCGCGAGGCUCUCCGCGCGCCACCGCCGCGUGGUCGUCCUGUACGAUCGCCUCAGCUCCUUCGCGGCGCCCGAGGCGGCGCGGAUCCCCUAA